AAUAAGAAAAUAGUAAAAUAAUUCGCACGCACGCACUUUACACGCGCGUUGUCUCUUCUCUCCUCUUUCAACCUUCGCCUCUCACUUGUUUUAGGUAACAACUAACAUAACGUAACAUAACAAGCGAAACCAAGGACCUAUUUUUCCGAAUCCCACACUCACAUCUGCUUUAUCUUCUCUUUUCCCACUUCUUCUUCAUUCUUCCCCCAAUAUGACUUCAAUCGCUCAGGGUUUUACCAAGUCGCUGGCCAUGACCGUGCUCUCUGAGAUCGGUGAUAAAACCUUCUUUGCAGCUGCGAUCCUGGCUAUGCGACACCCCCGGCGCCUUGUCUUAUUGGGUUGCCUAUCGGCUUUGAUUGUCAUGACUAUUCUCUCUGCCCUAGUUGGUUGGGCUGCUCCAAAUCUGAUUUCACGUAAAUGGAGUCAUCACAUUACAACAUUUUUAUUCUUUGGGUUUGGAAUUUGGUCCUUGAAAGAUGCUAUAUUUGGAGACGGGGAUGCUGAAGAAUUGGCUGAAGUAGAAGCAGAAUUGGACAAAGAUUGGAAGGCUAACAAUGGAGUUAAGAAAGAUAGCAGUAAGGUUGAUGAUGACUUGAAAAAGCAGCAACGCCCUUUUUUAUCUCAGUUUUUGUCCCCUAUUUUUCUGAAGGCAUUUUCUAUCAAUUUCUUUGGGGAGUGGGGUGACAAGAGCCAGCUGGCUACAAUUGGUUUGGCUGCGGAUGAGAACCCAUUUGGUGUCGUUCUUGGAGGGAUUUUGGGACAAGCACUAUGCACUACUGCUGCUGUCAUCGGAGGAAAGAGUUUAGCAUCUCAAAUAUCAGAAAAAAUGGUUGCACUAUCAGGUGGAUUGCUUUUCAUUGUUUUUGGUAUCCAAUCAUUCCUCUCUCCAGUGGAAUAAUGAAGGCUUCCCAUUGGGAUGAAAAGGCUUUCCUUCGUUGUAGCUAAAAGAAGUUGAGAUUGGUACUGUCAUCAACUCAACGUGUGUGACAAGGUUUGACAAGAAUUCCUUCUUGCAAGGGGAGAUUUACUUACGAGUGCAGUAGGGUGGAAGUCGUCUUAGUGAUGUAACUUGACUGAAAAUUAGUCGUUGAUAUCAUGGCAACCUCUUUUGUAACAAGUGUUGGUUGAACCGCCAAAAUUUCAAAUUUUCAACCAUGACAAGCUUAAAA